UUUACCUCAGAAUAACAAUGCAAUUUUGCUUAUCAAACACUGUUUAAUCUCCAAAAUCUAUAUCUUGUUUUUAUUAAAGGUAGGCUAGAGCCAAUUCCUUUUGUAAAGAUAUAAAGUAGCUUGUGAAUUUUAACUACAUGUGGACAUUGCUGUAAGAUUUGGUCCCUCAGGGUUCUAAGCGCCUCUUGAACUUUUUUAACUUGUUGCAAACAUAAAAACUGCCUUUUUCUUUCUCCCUUGUUGUUGCUAAGAAAACAAGUAUAGGUGGAUAAAAUGAAAAAAUUAUGAGCCAGAAUUAUGGCACACAGCCAUAUAACCCCAAAUGCUCAGGAGGCUGAGAAAGAACAAUCCCAAGUUCCAGGUCAGCUAGGUGAACUUAGCAAGACCUUGUUCAAACAUACAUUGACUGAGAAUGUAACUUAGAAGUAGCAGUAUUUGCUUCAUGGACAAGACCUUGGGUUUAGUUCCUAAAAUUGUUCCUACAGUCAUACAUACAAAUGAAUCUGAAAAGGCAAAAAUUUUCAACUGUAUGAGAAGUUGUUUUCAAAAUUUGGCAUUUAGUGACAGAGUGGUCUUUCAACCCUGCUAAGCAAGAGUUUAUUUUCUUUUAACUUGUCCUUGCUAAGGCAUCUGAGGAUAUAAGAAGGAAAAUGGAAGCAUAGUUACGGCCAGUUAUCUAUGAGAUAAGAUGAGAUUUGGGGAGGCAACUUAGCUGUUACAGAAUUUGUAUCUUAUGUAAGAGAAAAAAAACCUUAUUGAUUUAAACACAGUAGGAGAUUCUGUCUUCUGAAUGGAAUUAAAGUGCCUAUAAUCAAUGCUGAGGACUUAGUAAACCUUCAAAUCCAGUGGUAAUAAAUUUUGCCUUUACUGUUUUUUUUUCCCUUUUCUUAGUUAUAGAUUAUACAACUUGUCACAAAACAUUCCUGAAACACGAUGCAAGAAGAAGAAUAGUUCGCUGUAAGGCAGUCAUCAAACUUUCGUCCCUCAGAGGCCUCAUGUCACUAUCUUUCUCACCGUUUGCACCAAAUAUUGGAGAGACCAAAGUGUGGAAGAAGAAAUAAGUGUUUGCAUACUGAUUAAUUCUCUGCAAUGCGAGUGUUGGAUUUGAAGCACUCCUUUUCUGGGAGCUUUUUUGAGUUUAAUGGAGCACUCCAGACAGUAUUAACCUUCCUUUUGCUUCCAUGUUGCUUGACUGCAGAUUUUAGGGCACCCCCACUUAUACCUAAUGUACCUUUCCUCUGGGCCUGGAAUGCCCCAACUGAAGCUUGUCUCACCAAGUUUAAUGAGCCACUAGAUCUUAGUUUGUUCUCUUUAGUAGGAAGUCCCAAAAAAACUGCCACGGGUCAGCCUGUCACAAUAUUUUACACUGAUCGACUUGGCCUCUAUCCUCAUAUAGAUGAUGCACAAACAAGUAUUCAUGGAGGGAUACCCCAGUUGGGAUCUCUAAAAAGUCAUUUGACAAAAUCUAAGAGUGACAUUGAGCAUUACAUGCCAAUAGACAACGUGGGCUUGGCUAUCAUUGACUGGGAAGACUGGAGGCCCACCUGGUCAAGAAACUGGAAACCCAAGGAUAUUUACAGGAAUAAGUCUAUUGAAUUGGUCCACCAACAAAAUAAACAACUUAAUUUAACAGAAGUCACCAGGAGGGCCAAAAAAGAAUUUGAACAUGCAGCAAGAAAUUUUAUGGAAGAGACUUUAAAAUUGGGGAAAUCACUUCGGCCAAAUCACUUAUGGGGUUUUUAUCUUUUUCCUGAUUGUUAUAACAAUAAAUUUCAAGACCCCAACUACAAUGGACAUUGCCCUGAUAUAGAAAAGAAAAGAAACGAUGCUCUCUCCUGGAUAUGGAAGGAAAGCACAGCGCUUUACCCAUCUAUAUAUUUGAAAAGUGACUUGAAGUCAUCUCCACAGGCAGCACUCUAUGUCAGAAAUCGGGUCCGAGAGGCCAUUAGGGUGUCCAAGACAAGGGACCCUCAUAAUCCAGUUCCUGUUUUUGUAUAUUCUCGCAUUGUGUUUAUUGAUCUGACUUCCCAAUACCUGUAUCAGGAUGACCUUGUGAAUACAAUUGGUGAAACAGUUGCUCUGGGUGCCUCUGGAAUGGUAAUGUGGGGAACGCUUGGUUUAGCACGAAGUAUGAAAUCUUGUUUGAACUUACGUGAUUAUUUGGAGAACAUACUGAAUCCUUACUUAAUCAACGUCACCCUGGCAGCCAAAAUGUGUAGCCAAACACUUUGCCGGGGUCAAGGCAUGUGUUCGAGAAAAGACUGGAAUUCAGAUGACUAUCUUCACUUGAGCCCCCAAAAUUUUCAGAUUCAAUUUGUGAAAAGUGGAAAGUAUGAAAUCCGUGGCAGUCCAACCUUUGAUGACUUACAGUACUUUUCCAAAAACUUCCGUUGUAACUGUUAUGCCAACCUGAACUGCAAGGAGAGAGAUGACAUGGAAAGUGUGAACACUAUCAGUGUGUGUGCUGUUGAAGACGUUUGCAUUAAUUCCUUUGUAAUUGAAGAACCUGCGCUCUACCUGUCAACUGGAAACGCCCUAAUUUUGCUAAUAGCAGUCAGUCAGAUAUUAUAUCAUCUGCCACAAGAGGUCCAUGUGUGCUGAGGAAAGAUGUCAGUGGGUAUCUCUUUAUUCUCUCUAUCUACUCACAGCAUUUGAAAUAUUUGCUAUAGGUUUUUCGAUCACUCAA